AUGCGAAUCUUCUCCGUACUUGUUGGCCUCCUCCUCCUCCUCCUCGUCCAACUCUACCCAGCCAGGGGCGCAGUUUACAGAAGACACCUCUGUACAAAGCUGCAAGGCCGAUGUGAAAUUGACUGCCUUACCUUCGAAGAAAAGAUAGGGGGCUGCCGAGCCGACUUAACACCACUGUGCUGCAGAAAAAGAAAGAAACACUGA